UUAUAUAACAGUACAAAGGCAGACGACCGAAGCAGCGGGAUAGUCGCGGUUACCACCGAAAGAAGUCCUCACUGCUACCAGUCUACCAUCACUGCUACCCUCGCAUGGAGGCGGACGGCGCCGCCGCCGCAGCGGCUACAAAGGGGAGGGAGGCGGAGAUCAUGGAGGCCCUCCGCGCCCGCGUCCCCUUCUUCAAGAAGCAGGCCGACUCCUUGACUCUUGAAGGUGUGAGGAGAACAUUGGAGAAGGACAUGGACUUGAAGAUAAAUUCACUUGAUCCUCAUAAAAAGUUCAUUAGGCAAUGUGUAGACAAGGUGUUUUCUGGUUGUGACAAUGGGAAUACUGAUAAUGCAUCAGAGAGGGCUGAAGCUAAAGUGGAUAACUUAUCAGAAGAUGCCCAACCAAUGUCGGUCUCAAACAAAAUCUCCUCCAGUCCUGAUGAGCAGGGGGCAAGAUCCAGUAAAACCAAUAAAGACCCGGAGGGGGUGAAAAAUCACAGUUCUGGUAGUGAUAUCACCGAAGCUAUGAUAAAGAAAGCUAUUGACAAAAGGGCUUCCUAUUUUAGAGAGAACUCAGACGUGUUUGAUUAUUCAGCAUGUAUUCACAAAAUGAAGCAAUGCAGAACUCUUACUCUACUAGGAGUUCGACGGACUUUAGAAGAAGACCUCAAACUUGAGAGGAAAGCUUUGGAUGCUUUUAAGGAUUUUAUUACGAAAGAGUUAGAUAGAGUUUUGCAAGAACCUGAAAAUGGAACAACGGAUCAUAGUAAACAGGAGGCUUGCAAGGAUGCUGGUCAGAAAACAAGUAAAGGCUCUAAAAGAGCUCGUCAAGACUUUGAUACCUCUGAACUAAAUAAUAGUCAUAGUGAGAAGGAAGACAGUGAUGAGGAUGUAAGGCCAAUAAAGAAGAAACAACAGGCAGCUCCAGCCCAUGGCAAACGAGUAGAACGUCUUAAGUCAGUAAUAAAAUCUUGUGGAAUGAGUGUGCCACCUUCUGUGUAUCGGAGGGCAAAGCAGGCGCCGGAGAGCAAGCGCGAGGCUUGUUUGAUAAAGGAGUUGGAGGAUAUGCUUGAAAAGGAAGGAUUGUCUUCACACCCUUCUGAGAAAGAAAUUAAAGCAGUGAGAAAAAGAAAGGAAAGAGCAAAGGAUCUUGAGGGCAUAGACAUGAGCAAUAUUAUUACGAGUUCUCGUAGGAGAAAUGCAUCUAGUUUUAUACCCCUGCCAGUGCCUAAAAUUGAAGCUGAUAGUGACAGCGAUGAUGAUGAUGAUGAUGAUGAUGAUGAUGAUGAUGAUGAUGAUGAUGAUGAUGAUGAUGAUGAUGAUGAUGAUGAUGAUGAUGAUGAUGAUGAUGAUGAUGAUGAUGGUGAAGAGGAGAAUGUGGAGGGUGGAGAUAAAGGUGACGACGACGAUGCAGAAGCUGGAGAUGGAUCUGCUGAUGGUAUGAUUCAAUUCAAUAGUUUGUAACAUUUGAAUUUACUGUCAACAGCAUUGCUAUUUACAACUUUCUUUACUGUUGUAUUGAGGAGAAGCAUCAAUUGUUGUCUACAUUAACUUUUUUGCGAUGAAGUUUGAAAAAAUUGAACUUUGAAAGAUAUGAACCUGGCAGGCAGCACUAGAUGCUGGAAACGGGAGCGAUUGACUCUUCUCGCGUUACUACAAGGUAGAAGGAAGUAGUUCUGGCCUUGGCUGGUUCGGGAUGAAGCCAGUUGUUCAGAAGUUACUUUCUGGCAUCUUAUUUAUGCUGCCGUUAAUAUGGUCACUACUAUAUUAUUGGCUGGUCUUAUUUAUAUUAGACUAAUACACCAGGCAAUCAAUUGCUGUAGUCCCUUAACCUAAUGUAUAAUAUCAGGCGUGUUAUCUUGGCAGCUGGCUCA